AUGUCGAUGUACCAGCAUCGGGGAAUGGGGGCAGCCCCCCCAGGCAGCUCGAAUCGUCUCAAUGACUUGCUCAACGAGAUUAGGCAGGAGUUUGAGAACCAGUCGCGCCAGACGGAGGGCUUUGAGCACCAGAUCGCAGCGCAAGUCAGCGAGAUGCAGCUCGUGCGAGAGAAGGUUUACCAGAUGGAGCAGACGCAUAUGACCCUCAAGCAAAAGUACGAGGAGGAGAUUAGCAUGCUCCGACACCAGCUCGAGGCGGCCAGAAAAGGUGCCCCUCAGCCCGGCCUCCCCGGACCUCCACAGCACGCUGCACCCUCCCAGCAGCCCCCAUCUAUCGCCCCCGGCAAUGGUCUCUUCAGUGGCAUAAUGGCUGGUGGCAGCCAGGCUGGUCUUGCACCUCCUCAGCAGGGUCAGCAGCAAGGCCAGCAGCAGCAGCCACAGGGCGGACAACAGCAGCAACCAUCGCAGCAGGGCCAUGCCCCUCCUCAGGAGCAGCAGAUGGGACCUCAGCACCAGAUGGGUCAGGGCCCCCCUGGCCUUCCUGUCCCUCCCCCUCAUCCCAAUGCCCAGCAGGCUCCUUACUCUCAGAGCUACCCUCCAGGCCCAGUCUCCAACGGUAUGGCUCCUCAGCCUCCCCAGAGCACUGCCUCUCCUGGCCCCGGUCGACGAGGUAUCGGCCGACCUCCUAAUGCCGUCGGACCCGCGACUCCUCAGAUUAACACUCCAGUCCCGUAUCCCGGAAACGCGGCGUCGCCUCAGGUUAGCCACCCGACUCCCGACCACGCUCGUAUGGGGGGCCCUCGCGCUCCUCCCGUGGGAAACGCCCUGGGCGACCUCGAAGUUGAUGCUGUGGCUCCCCACAACAAGAAGACGGGCCAGGACUGGUACGCCAUCUUCAACCCUCAAGUGCAGCGCGUUCUCGACGUCGACCUUGUCCACUCUCUCAACCACGAAAGUGUGGUUUGCUGUGUGAGGUUCAGUCACGAUGGAAAGUAUGUUGCGACUGGCUGCAACCGAUCUGCCCAGAUCUUUGACGUGCAGACUGGUGAGAAGGUUUGUGUUCUCGAGGACCACAAUGCUUCCGACAUGAGCGCCGAUCUCUACAUCCGAAGCGUCUGCUUCAGUCCUGACGGUCGUUACCUCGCCACUGGCGCAGAAGACAAGCUUAUUCGCGUCUGGGACAUCCAAACCCGAACGAUUCGCAACCACUUCUCUGGCCACGAGCAGGAUAUUUACUCACUAGACUUCGCUCGCGACGGACGAACGAUCGCCUCGGGUAGUGGUGACAGGACUGUUCGCCUGUGGGAUAUUGAGCAGGGCAGUAACACACUCACUCUCACGAUAGAGGACGGCGUUACUACUGUUGCCAUCUCUCCCGACACUCAGUUCGUUGCCGCAGGCUCACUCGAUAAGAGCGUGCGUGUCUGGGACAUUCACUCGGGCUUCCUCGUUGAGCGUCUCGAAGGACCUGACGGCCACAAGGACAGUGUGUACUCGGUUGCUUUCUCGCCCAACGGCAAGGACCUCGUCUCUGGCAGUCUUGACCGGACUAUCAAGAUGUGGGAGCUCAGCGCCCCUCGUCAAGGAAACCAGCCUGGCCCUAAGGGCGGCAAGUGCGUCAAGACGUUUGAAGGCCACCGUGACUUUGUUCUCUCGGUUGCGCUCACCCCUGACUCGAACUGGGUGCUGUCCGGAUCCAAGGAUCGCGGCGUGCAGUUCUGGGAUCCCCGGACGGGCACAACGCAACUCAUGCUGCAGGGACACAAGAACUCUGUCAUCUCGGUUGCGCCGAGCCCCCAGGGUGGUUACUUUGCCACAGGAUCUGGCGACAUGAAGGCUCGCAUUUGGUCGUAUCGUCCGUACGCUUAA